GACCGCACUGACUGCAACCUGCCAAUGAGAGAGAGAGAGACAGGAGAAGAGAGAAAGAAGCGUAGGCUACCAUUCUGUCAAACCUCCAUCCCCCCUUUUUUCCAGCCCUAUGAAUCCCUACACGUUUUCAGGAGGAUAGGGUGAUUUUAGUUGUUUUCCUGCAGUGGAUGAUCAGUAGAGCAGCAGCAGCAGCAGCAGCAGAGCAGCGUUACAGCAGGUGAGAGACAGAGCGACCGCUCCUCUCCUCCCUGUUUCCAAGGGGAAAUGUCGAGCGAGAAGCCGGUUGCAGCACCACCUCCACCGGGCUCUGCUUCCUCGCUCACCGACCCAGACCCCCAUCCUCCGGGUCCGGGCUCCUCCGCGCCGCAGCCGCAGCAGCAGCAGGUCGCCGCGGGCGCUGGCUCCGGCUCCACCGGGGAAAGGAUGGUGUCUUCAGCCGGCUCUAUGGUCCUCCCGGCCGGGGUGAUCAACCCCGCUGUCCCGAUCAGGAAUAUCCAGAUGAAAUUCGCCGUGCUGGUGGGCCUGAUCCAGGUCGGGGAGGUGAGCAACAGGGACAUCGUGGAGACGGUGCUGAACCUGCUGGUGGGCGGCGAGUUUGACCUGGAGAUGAACUUCAUCAUCCAGGAGGCGGAGAGCAUCGGCUGCAUGGUGGAGCUGCUGUCCCACUGCGAGGUGACGUGCCAGGCGGAGAUCUGGAGCAUGUUCACCGCCAUCCUCCGCAAGAGCGUCCGCAACCUGCAGACCAGCACCGAGGUGGGCCUGAUCCAGCAGGUCCUGCUGAAGAUGAGCUCCGUGGACGACAUGAUCGCAGACCUGCUGGUGGACAUGCUGGGAGUCAUGGCCAGUUACAGCAUCACAGUCAAGGAGCUGAAGCUGCUCUUCAGCAUGCUGAGAGGAGACAACGGCAUCUGGCCGAGACAUGCUAUCAAGCUGUUGUCAGUGUUGAACCAGAUGCCUCAGAGACAUGGUCCUGAUACCUUCUUCAACUUUCCAGGACGCAGUGCAGCGGCCAUCGCUCUGCCGCCCAUCGCCAAAUGGCCUUACCAGAACGGCUUCACCAUCAACACCUGGUUCAGACAGGAUCCACUCAACAACAUCAACGUGGACAAAGACAAACCGUACCUCUACUGUUUUCGUACCAGUAAAGGAAUCGGUUACUCGGCUCACUUUGUGGGAAACUGUCUCAUCGUGACAUCGUUGAAGUCGAAAGGAAAAGGCUUUCAGCACUGUGUGAAAUAUGAUUUCCAGCCUCGUAAGUGGUACAUGAUCAGCAUCGUCCACAUCUACAACCGCUGGAGGAACUCCGAGAUCCGUUGCUAUGUCAACGGUCAGCUGGUCUCCUACGGCGAUAUGGCCUGGCACGUCAACACCAAUGAUAGCUAUGACAAGUGUUUCCUGGGUUCGUCAGAGACGGCGGAUGCUAACAGGGUGUUUUGCGGUCAGCUGGGAGCCAUUUAUGUAUUCAGUGAAGCUCUGAACCCGGCUCAGAUCUUUGCCAUUCACCAGCUCGGCCCGGGAUACAAGAGCACGUUCAAGUUCAAGUCGGAGAGCGACAUCCACCUGGCCGAGCACCACAAGCAGGUGUUGUACGACGGCAAGCUGGCCAGCUCCAUCUCCUUCACCUACAACGCCAAGGCCACAGACGCCCAGCUCUGCCUGGAGUCCUCGCCCAGGGAAAACCCCUCCAUCUUCGUCCACUCGCCACACGCUCUCAUGCUGCAGGAUGUGAAGGCCAUUGUUACCCACUCCAUCCACAGCGCCAUCCACUCUAUAGGAGGCAUCCAGGUGCUGUUCCCUCUCUUCGCUCAGCUCGACUACAAGCAGCUCAACGACAGCAGCGUGGACACCACCGUCUGUGCGACUCUGCUGGCGUUCCUGGUGGAGCUGCUGAAGAGCUCGGUGGCGAUGCAGGAGCAGAUGCUGGGAGGGAAGGGCUUCCUGGUGAUCGGGUACCUGCUGGAGAAGUCGUCUCGCGUCCACAUCACCAGGGCGGUGCUGGAACAGUUCCUGUCCUUCGCCAAGUAUCUGGAUGGUUUACCUCAUGGAGCGCCUCUCCUCAAACAGCUCUGUGACCACGUCCUCUUCAACGCCGCCAUCUGGAUACACACCCCUGCCAAGGUGCAGCUCUCCCUCUACACGUACCUGUCGUCAGAGUUCAUCGGCACCGCCACCAUCUACACCACCAUCCGCCGCGUGGGCACCGUGCUGCAGCUGAUGCACACUCUGAAGUACUACUACUGGGCCAUCAACCCGCUGGAGUGCAGCGGCAUCUCCCCCAAAGGCCUCGACGGACCACGACCGUCCCAGAAGGAGAUCAUCUCGCUCAGAGCCUUCAUGCUCCUCUUCCUCAAACAGCUCAUCCUCAAGGACCGAGGCGUGAAGGAGGACGAGCUGCAGAGCAUCCUCAACUACCUUCUGACCAUGCAUGAGGAUGAGAAUAUCCACGACGUGCUCCAGCUGUUGGUGGCUCUGAUGUCAGAGCACCCGGCGUCCAUGAUCCCCGCGUUCGACCAGAGGAACGGGAUAAGGGUUAUCUGCAAGCUCCUGGCCUCCAAGAGCGAGAGCAUCCGAGUCCAAGCACUCAAAGUCCUGGGCUACUUCCUCAAGCACCUCGGACACAAGAGGAAGGUGGAGAUCAUGCACACUCACAGCCUGUUCACGCUGCUCGGGGAGCGGCUGAUGAUGCACACCAACACCGUCUCCGUCACCACCUACAACACUCUGUAUGAGAUCCUGACGGAGCAGGUCUGUACCCAGGUGGUCCAUAAACCCCACCCUGAGCCAGACUCCACCGUGAAGAUCCAGAACCCCAUGAUUCUGAAGGUGGUGGCCACGCUGCUGAAGAACUCGUCUCCCAGCGCCGAGCUGAUGGAAGUCAGAAGACUCUUUCUCUCCGACAUGAUAAAACUCUUCAGUAACAGUCGUGAGAAUCGCCGCUGCCUGCUGCAGUGCUCCGUGUGGCAGGACUGGAUGUUCUCCCUCGGAUACAUCAACCCCAAGAACCCCGAGGAGCAGAAAAUCACCGAGAUGGUGUACAACAUCUUCAGGAUCCUGCUGUACCACGCCAUCAAAUACGAGUGGGGAGGGUGGAGGGUCUGGGUGGAUACUCUGUCCAUCGCACAUUCAAAGGUGACGUACGAGGCUCAUAAGGAGUACCUGGCCAAGAUGUACGAGGAGUACCAGCGUCAGGAGGAGGAGAACAUGAAGAAAGGGAAGAAAGGCUCCGUGUCCACCAUCUCGGGGCUCUCGGCGGCGCCCGCCCCCGUGGUCAACGGGAACCUGGAGAUCGACGACAACUCCCAGACGCAGACGCCCGAGAGCGAGGCGGAGUACAGCGAGGGCGCCGCCGGAGACUCACGCAACCUCCUCGCCGACGGCACGGUGAAGAGAGCCAACGGGGACGCUCUGACGCCCGGCGAGCAGAGCGCCGGCCCCGGGGUCCGCGUGGAGGUCCACGACCUGCUGGUGGACAUCAAGGCGGAGAAGGUGGAGGCCACGGAGGUGAAGCUGGACGACCUGGACCUGUCUCCUGAAGGCCUGGGGGGAGGCGUGGGGGGAGGAGGUGGGGGAGGGAUAGAGAACGGGCCCCUGGUGGAGGUGGACUCCCUGCUGGACAGCGCUUACUGCGCCGUGGUGCAGAAGCUCAACGGGAACCUGGCGGUGAAAGACGGCGCCCCGGGCCCCGGCCUGGCGCUGGCGGGGGUCGGUCUGGAGGAGGACGGGAACAUGGGGCCCCUCAUCACGCUGGCCGACGAGAAGGACAGCGUCCCCAGCAACAACGGCUUCCUCUUCAGCAAGGUUGAUGAGAAGCUGCUUCCAGCUCUGGCAGCCACAGAUCCUCUAGUCCUGCCGAGUCCGGACCAGCCGGCUCCGCCCGGCCCGGUCCCGGUCCCGGUCCCGGUCCCGGUCCCGGCCCUCUCCUCCUCCAGCGCCAGCGACGACCUCAGCCUGCUGGCCCACAUGACCAGCUGCGGCUCCGACCUGACGCAGAGCCAGAGCCUCGCCGCCGGGGAGCUCCCGGAGGACGGGCCCUUCAAGAUGGAGAGCCCCCUGGCCGACAUCAGCUCCAUCGCCGAGGCGGAGAGCCAGGCGGCCGCCCAGGCCUCCAGGGCCGAGUUCCCCGAGGGAGAGGCCUCCUCCGGGGCCGAGGGAGAGGCCGCGGGGCUGAAGACCGGAGGAGACACCGCCAGCACCACCUCCGACACCGAGAGGUCUGAUGACGGCAAAGACAAGGACACCAAGAAGAUCCAGACCACCGCCACCACUCAGGCCCUCCACGGUCGCACCGCGGCCCAGCUGGAGCGGGACCUGCGGGUGGAUCUGGGUUUCCGGGGGAUGCCCAUGACGGAGGAGCAGCGGCGGCAGUUCAGCCCCGGCCCUCGCACCACCAUGUUCCGCAUCCCGGAGUUCAAGUGGUCCCCGAUGCACCAGAGGCUGCUCACAGACCUGCUGUUCGCCCUGGAGACAGACGUGCAUGUGUGGAGGAGCCACUCCACCAAGUCGGUGAUGGAUUUCGUGAACAGCAACGAGAACAUCAUCUUCGUCCACAACACCAUCCACCUCAUCUCUCAGAUGGUGGACAACAUCAUCAUCGCCUGCGGAGGCAUCCUGCCGCUCCUCUCUGCUGCCACCUCCCCCUCUAGUUCUAAGAGUAGUGCCAACACUAAGGCAGGAGGAGCCGGACCCCAGAGGGGGUCAAAGGGAGAGGAGGUGACCCCUGUUCCUGGGGGAGGAGGCGCAGGGGGAGAGACGGAGCUGGAGAACAUCGAGGCGACGCAGGGAAUGUCCUCGGAGACGGCCGUCACCUUCCUGUCCCGCCUCAUGGCCAUGGUGGACGUCCUGGUGUUCGCCAGCUCUCUCAACUUCAGCGAGAUCGAAGCGGAGAAGAACAUGUCGUCAGGAGGCCUGAUGAGGCAAUGCCUCCGCCUCGUGUGCUGCGUGGCAGUGAGGAACUGUCUGGAGUGCCGGCAGAGACAGAGAGACCGGAGCUGCAAGUCGUCUUUAACCAGCAGCAAGUCUCAGGACAGCCUGCACAGCGCCUCCACCACCACCAAGCAGGAUCCAGACAGACUCCUGCAGGAUGUUGACAUCAACCGUCUCCGAGCCGUGGUGUUCAGAGACGUGGAUGACAGUAAGCAGGCUCAGUUUCUGGCGCUGGCAGUCGUCUAUUUUAUCUCCGUCCUCAUGGUGUCAAAGUACCGGGACAUCCUGGAGCCCCAGCGGGAGAUUGGCAGGUCCACCAGCCUAUCAGGGAGGAGCAUCCGCCACGAGAUCAACUCCCCGACCAGUACAGAGCAUCCGUCCACAGUCUUCUCAGACCGGGACAAGCAGACCCCCACCCCCGUGGACGACUCCCCCCGGGCCGGCCUCCCCCACACGGACUCAGGCAUCGGAGAGGAGGGCCACGUGGCCGGGUCCCUGAACGGCUCGGAGAUGGGUCUGGGUCUGGGUCUGGGCCUGGUGGGGAGGGAGACGGACAGGGACAGAGACAGAGACCUGGGGGGAGGGGGAGGAGGAGGGACGGACCUGCUGUGUAGUCUGUCAGAUGUUAGGAGGUCUCAGGAGAGUCUUCUGGAUUCUCCUCACAACCCCAACGCCAGCCAAGCCCCGCCCUCCUCCAUCUCCAGCAUCAGCCAGACUAACAAAGGCAUCAAUGUGAAGGAGAUCCUGAAGAGUUUGGUGGCGGCUCCUCUGGACGGCGGUGAUCUGGGCCAGGAGUCGGGGCCGACGCCCUACCACCCCGACCCCGCCCUGAAGACCCACCCCAUGCUGCCCAUGCAGUUCCACUCCUUCGACAGGAGCGUCGUUGUUCCUGUCAAAAAGCCGCCGCCUGGCAGCCUGUCAGUCAACACGGUGGGCACGCCGACCACGAGUGGCGCCGCCACCGCCGGCAGCACGCCAAACAUCUUCGCUGCUGCCACAGCGACACCCAAGAGCAUGAUCAACACUACAGGUGCCACAGACUCCGCCUCCUCUUCCUCCUCCUCUUCCUCGUCCUUCGUCAACGGUGCGACCAGUAAGAACCUUCCGGCGGUGCAGACGGUGGCGCCGAUGCCAGAAGACACGAUGGAGAACAUGAGUGCCUAUUGUGAGGUGGCGCAGUGUGCGCUGCGCAGCGGUCAGACGCCCCCUGAGCUCAAGUCUUUUAGCUCUCUGGCAGGCUUCCAGGCAGCUCCCCGAGAUGCAGGACAGUGUUUUAGCAUCACCACCAAGCUGGAGCGGGCUCUGGAGAAGGUGGCGCCGCUGCUGAGGGAGAUCUUCGUGGACUUUGCUCCGUUCCUGUCGAGGACGCUGCUGGGUAGCCAUGGGCAGGAACUGCUCAUAGAAGGUCUGGUGUGUAUGAAGUCCAGCACGUCUGUGGUGGAGCUGGUGAUGCUGCUCUGUUCUCAGGAGUGGCAGAACUCCAUCCAGAAGAACGCUGGGCUGGCCUUCAUCGAGCUGAUCAACGAGGGAAGACUUCUGUGUCACGCCAUGAAGGAUCAUAUCGUUCGUGUCGCUAACGAAGCAGAGUUCAUCCUGAACAGACAGCGAGCGGAGGACGUGCACAAACACGCCGAGUUUGAGUCUAACUGUGCCCAGUACGCGGCAGACCGGAGAGAGGAGGAGAAGAUGUGCGACCACCUGAUCAGCGCCGCCAAGCACAGAGAUCACGUGACCGCCAACCAGCUGAAGCAGAAGAUCCUCAACAUCCUGACCAAUAAGCACGGAGCGUGGGGGACGAUGUCACAGAGCCAGUUACAUGACUUCUGGCGUCUGGACUACUGGGAGGACGACCUGAGGAGGAGAAGGAGAUUUGUACGAAACGCUUCAGGAUCCACUCACGCUGACGUGGCGCUCAAAGCUCUGGAGGAGUACGCUACAGAGGAGGACGAGGAGGGGCUCAAGUCCAAGAAAACCUUCCGCAGCCAAUCGGUGGUCACCCAGAACCCGGAGGCGGAGCUAAUGCUGGAGGGAGACGAUGAUGCUGUCAGCCUGCUGCAGGAGAAAGAGAUCGACAACCUCGCUGGCCCCGUGGUGCUGAGUACCCCGGCCCAGCUGGUGGCUCCGGUGGUGGUGGCCCGCGGCACGCUGUCCAUCACCACCACGGAGAUCUACUUCGAGGUGGACGAAGAGGAUCCAACGUUCAAGACGACUGACGCUAAAGAUGUCCUACCUCCGCAGGUCCUGGCCUACUCUGAGGGUCUGCACGGUAAAUGGAUGUUCAGUGAGAUCCGAGCCGUGUUCUCCAGACGGUACCUGCUGCAGAACACCGGCCUGGAGGUCUUCAUGGCCAACAGGACGUCGGUGAUGUUUAACUUCCCCGACCAGGCGACGGUCAAACGGGUGGUCUACAGUCUGCCGCGGGUCGGAGUAGGAACGAGCUACGGCCUGCCACAGGCCAGGCGGAUUUCCUUGGCCACGCCCCGUCAGCUCUUCAAGUCGUCCAACAUGACGCAGCGCUGGCAGCGGAGAGAGAUCUCCAACUUUGAGUACCUCAUGUUCCUCAACACUAUCGCAGGGAGGACCUAUAAUGAUCUGAACCAGUACCCCAUCUUCCCCUGGGUCCUGACCAACUAUGACUCAGAGGAGCUGGAUCUAACGCUACCUGGCAACUUCAGAGACCUCUCCAAGCCAAUCGGUGCACUGAAUCCCAAGCGAGCAGCUUUUUAUGCAGAACGAUACGAGACGUGGGACGAUGACAGCACGCCUCCUCACCACUACACCACGCUCUACUCCACGGCUCACUCAACGCUGAUGUGGAUGCUCAGAAUAGAGCCUUUUACCACGUUUUUCCUCAACGCUAACGAAAACAGGUUCGACCAUCCGGAGAGAGCCUUCUCUGGCAUCGGCUGCUCGUGGAGGAACUGCCAGAGGGACACGGCUGAUGUCAAGGAGCUGAUCCCAGAGUUCUACUACCUGCCUGAGAUGUUCGUUAACAGUAAUGAGUACGAGCUGGGAGUGCGUGAUGACGGAGUUUCUGUGUGUCACGUUGAGCUUCCUGCCUGGGCCAAGAAACCUGAAGACUUUGUCCGCAUUAACCGGAUGGCUCUGGAAAGUGAGUUUGUGUCGUGCCAGCUCCACCAGUGGAUCGAUCUAAUAUUUGGCUACAAGCAGCGAGGACCAGAAGCCGUUCGAGCUCUCAACGUCUUCAACUUCCUGUCCUACGAAGGAUCCAUCAACCUGGACAACGCAGACGCUGCACAACGCGAGCUGGUGGAGGCUCAGAUUCAGGCGUGUGGUCAGAUCCCGUCCCAGCUGCUGAUUGAGCCACACCCACCUCGCUCCUCCGCCAUGCACCUGUGUUUCCUUCCCCAGAGCCCGCUGAUGUUUAAGGAUCAGAUGCAGCAGGACGUCAUCAUGGUGUUAAAGUUCCCGUCCAACUCGCCGGUCACCCACGUGGCCGCCAACACGCUGCCGCACCUCAGCAUCCCCGCCGCCGUCACCGUCACCUGCAGCCGGCUGUUCGCCGUCAACCGCUGGCACAACACCGUCGGCCUCCGCGGAGCUCCUGGAUACUCCCUGGAGCAGGCUCAUCAUCUACCCAUUGAGAUGGACCCUCUCAUAGCAAACAACUCAGGCGUGAACAAGCGUCAGAUCACCGACCUGGUGGACCAGAGCAUCCAGAUCAACACGCAUUGUUUUGUGGUUACCGCCGACAACCGCUACAUCCUGGUCUGUGGCUUCUGGGACAAGAGCUUCCGUGUUUACUCCACUGAAACUGGUAAGCUGACCCAGAUCGUGUUCGGCCACUGGGACGUGGUGACGUGUCUGGCCCGGUCCGAGUCCUACAUCGGAGGAGACUGCUACAUCGUGUCUGGCUCCAGAGACGCCACUCUUCUUCUGUGGUACUGGAGCGGACGGCACCACAUUAUCGGGGACAACCCCAACAACAGCGACUACCCUGCUCCCCGGGCCGUCCUGACCGGACACGACCACGAGGUGGUGUGUGUGUCUGUGUGUGCAGAGCUGGGACUGGUCAUCAGUGGAGCUAAAGAGGGCCCGUGCCUGGUGCACACCAUCACAGGGGACCUGCUGCGGGCCCUGGAGGGCCCCGAGCUGUGCCAGCGGCCCCGCCUCAUCUCCGUCUCCAGCGAGGGCCACUGCAUCAUCUACUACGAGAGAGGCCGCUUCUGCAACUUCAGCAUAAAUGGAAAACUGCUGGCACAAAUGGAGGUCAACGACUCCACACGGGCGAUCCUGUUGAGCAGCGACGGGCAGAACCUGGUGACCGGAGGAGAUAACGGCGUGGUGGAGGUGUGGCAGGCGUGCGACUUCAAGCAGCUCUACAUCUACCCGGGCUGCGACGCAGGCAUCCGCGCCAUGGACCUGUCACAUGACCAGAGGACUCUGAUCACUGGGAUGGCGUCCGGCAGCAUCGUGGCGUUCAACAUAGACUUCAACCGCUGGCACUACGAACACCAGAACAGGUACUGAGGUGGACAGAAGAGGAAGAGAGAGGACGGAGAGAGAGAGAAGAACAACAAGGAGAGGAGGUGAUGCAUUCUGCUGUGUAUCUGCAACGCGGGGAAACUAAAAGGUACCGAGGAAGGAAAAACAAGCCCCGACCCUUAGGCUCUAUUCCCUCUGGGUGAGUUUUCUUGAUUUGAGGAUACGGCAGCGCUGCUGGAAAUAACUUCCUCUGUGUACGUACACGCCGUGUGCAACCACAGACACUUAUUACCCCGAAGAUACACAGCAAAGCUGCUAAUAACAUAGACAGACAGCAGAAUGGAGAGAGACCUGGUAGAGGUCCAUCAUACCGUACCACUAACAGGGCCGAGCCGCUCCUGGUACGCUUAAUG